CCAACAACCAACGCUAUCGAUUAAUAUACGACAAAUUGACAAACCCCUAAAACAACUCUCUCUCUCAUACUCCGUAAUAGAAAACAACCGUCUUCUCCCCCCCUCGCUUCUUCCUCUGCAAAACCCUUACUGUCAAGACUAAAUCUCAAUCGAUCAUAACCAGAGCGAAGAAUCGAGAGGAAUUUCCUUCACGCGACGACGUUUCCCUUCACCUGGCAGCGCUUCCGCUCACCUGGUGGAGCUUCUCACGAUAAGAUUGAAUAAUCAAAUUUGAAGAAUGGGGGCUGGAAAACGUGAGAUAAAGAAUCCAUCUCAAGAAGAUUGAUUAUGUAACUGCAAGACAAAUGACUUUCUCAAAGAGAAGAAGAAGGUUAAUCAAGAAAGCUCAGGAACUUUCAACUCUAUGUGAUGCUAAAAUUGGCCCUAUUGUCUUCUCUUCUAUUGGAAAGCUCGUUGAGUUUUCAAAUUCAAGGUUAUUGCAUCGUUGCUGCCAAAUGAGAGGAGUAAUCACUUUAUUUGGCUUUCUAUGCCCAUCUGGAAUAUCUCCUGCACCACAAUUUAAGAAGUGGGAGAUAAAGAAAAUUCAAGAGGAUCAAAUAUCCCGUUCUGAGUACAUCAAGAAUACAUUGACCACAGUUGAGGCAACCAAAGGAAGAGUCUUCUUAGCACCGUAUAAUGAUGGGCGCCAUUGGGUGUUGUGUGUCAUUGAUCCGUACAAUGAUGUUGUGUAUUUUCUGGAUCCUCUACACAAUGAAAAGUACAAGGGCAUAGGGAAAGGAGUUCAAGAUGAUUUGCGUAAGAUUGUAGAAAGAGCACUUUUUGGUUUUCGAACCGAAAAAGGAUUGUUGAAGAAAAUUAAAAUGAGCACCAAGUGGAUACAGAUACAAUGUCCUCGGCAAAAGAAUGUCAUGGAUUCUGGAUAUUAUGUCAUGAGAUACAUGAAAGAGAUCAUCGACCAUAAGCAAACUCGAAUAUUUGAAGAUUACUUUCAUGAUUGCAAUGUUCCGAAUUAUGAUCAAGGACAAAUUGAUGAAGUCAGAGCUCAAUGGACGCGUCAUGUUCUUCUCAUGUUAAUAUUGUGAUGUAUUAAUUAUGUUUUUCGACUAGAAUUUUUCUAGAACGUUUUAAUUUCAUUUUAUUGGUUUCAAAUUAAAAGAAGUACUAUAUGACAAGGAUACUUCUCUCUGUUUUGUAGUGUGUUUUUAUUCUACUGUGUAUUUAGGCAUAUAUGAUUUUAAGUUAUGUACGAGAUAUCGAGACGUUUAUUUGAUAUGAUAGAAAUGAAGUUGGAUGUUAUAUGUAUUCAA